UUUGAGGGUUUAUUUUUAUCAGUUUAUCAGUGUUUUUAUCGAGUUUAGCGUGUUUUCCGUGCUAUCAACUUACAAUAUUUCCAUCUGAAGUUAUUAUUUAAGUGAACUUUAAGAAAGUAUCCUUCCUGAAUAGUGUAUUCAGUGAACCCGGUACACAUAUUGUUGGUAUUCAGGUUGUGAUCUAGAAGGUUUGAGUGUCCUAGCAUACUCCCAAGAAAGCCAUGGACAAGCUAUCUAACAGUUUACAUUUCCAUCCAAUCUUUUCCUAAUACUUUCCUAGUAUAAUGAUUUUUUUUCUCGCAGUAUUGGUCUCUGGCUGAUCCUUAGGUUAUGGGCUCUACAGGCUCAAAAUACUUCAAGAGGGCCUCGCCUUCCAAACCAACGAGCAACAACAACUACCCAGAAAGCAGCAAUGUUUGUGUUAAACGACCUGCUGUGAACUUAUUUUCCGGUCCAACUUACGUCUUGUCUCGACAAGGGUCUAUGUACUUUGAUAGUGAUGGAGAUCUAGCCCAUGAAUUCUACGUGGAAGUUAAAACCAAACAUCGGAAAAAACGUAUGAAACGAAUCCUAAAUGACCUGAAACCACAGGGAGAAGUGGUGUAUCCGUACCCGCGCCUCCACCCAGAUUACCCGGUUGUCCUGAUGCAUGUCUAAUUUUCUCUCAGCUAUUGUUCGGAGCUUGUACCUAUUGUGAAAUGCAAUGAUCCUCUGUGAUAGAAGAACUCGCUAAUCUAGUCAACUGUCCAAGAAAUGCCUGGUGAUCUCUGAUGGGCCUCACAAUUGGUUGGUGGUUCAGUAGUCGUGUAAUGCAGCUGAUUGUGAAAAUAGCAACACCAUCAUUGCCCUUCAACUGUGGUCUUCUUAACAGAGCCACUUUUGGUUUGUUACUCUUUCGAUCAAACACCUGACCAAACUUAAUGUGGAAAACUUAAGAUGCAUUGUCGUCCUCUGAUGUUACCUUGUAUUAGUCCCAUCAAUAGCCCCUAUGAAUAGCUGUUGUGGAAAUGGAAGAUUUUUUCUACAUUACCCCUGCCAUCUAGUCUAUUAUAUUCUUUGGUGGAUGCAUAGCAAACUCGCAUCAAUUUGAAAUCAUACAUAAAAUAUAAAAAAAAAUACAAAGUAUCUCAUGGACCGUCGAACUGACAUACAUCUUAUCUAUGUCACGGUAAUAAUGAGGCUGACUUGUAAAUAUGUCUG